AUGUUUAUAGAGCACUACAAGGAAAGAACUGAAGGACUACUUUUCCAUUUUGAUAAAGCUGUAGAGUGCACUCUGAAGUUACAACCCAUCACAGGGCGAUCAAGGAGUUUUGGCUUUGUGCUUUUUAAAAAAUUGGAGAGUGUAGAUAAGGUCAUGGAUCAAAAAGAACAUAAAUUGAAUGGGAAGGUAAUUGAUCCUAAAAGGGCCAAAGUCAUGAAAACGAAAAAGCCAUCUAAAAAAAUUUUUGUUGGAGACCUUUCUCCAGAUACACCUGAAGAGAAAAUAAGGAAGUACGAUGGUGGUUUCAGUGAAGAGGAAUCCAUAGAGCUCCCCAUAGACAACAAGACCAAUAAGAGGCUUGGAUUCUGCUUUAUUAUCUUUAAGGAAGAAGAACCAGUGAAGAAGAUAAUGAAAAAGAAAUACUACAAUGUUGGUCUUGGUAAAUGUGAAAUAAAAGUAGCCAUGUCAAAGGAAUAAUAUCAGCAACAGCAAUAGUGGGUAUCUAGAGGAGGAUUUGAAGGAAGAGCUCAUGGAAGAGGUGGUGGCCCCAGUCAAAACUAGAACCAGCGAUAUAGUAACUAUUGGAAUCAAGGCUAUGGCAACUAUGGAUAUAAAACCCAAGGUUAUGGUGGUUAUGGAGGAUAUGUCUACACUGGUUACAACAACU